ACUGUCUACAUGAUAUUUUUAGCAUAUAGUAUUAUUUCUUUCUCCUACAAAUUUCCAUUUUAUUGAUUUACUUCCUUUUUUCUUUGCAAAAAUAUAUUAUAUCUUACUGUUAUGAAAAAUUUGGGGGAUAUUGCAUCUAAUUUCUGAGAGAUUUCUACUUUGCUAAUUUCCGGUGAGAUCAAGAGGUUAAUCACCCACUGAGAAAGCUUUUGCAUUUUUCUGCUACAGUGUUAGUUUCAGCUCCAUAACUGUUGAAAGGUAAGAAACCAAAUCUAAAAACGGUAACCAAUUUUUUUCUUCUGGUUUAAUCUUUGAUCCCAGCUAUUUCAUCCAUUUUUAUAUCUAGUUAAUUUUGUCUGAAAAAAACAAAAGAAAUCUUUGCUUCUUCAUCUUCUUCCUCUAUCUCUCUAAGUUUCUUUCUCUUCAUCUUUGUUGAAUUUAGCAUUCAAGGGCAAAAUUGUUCUGCUAUUUUUUUUGGUAAUUUGAAACUUUAAAAAUGGAGGAGAAAGGUGGAAUGAGUCCAAGUGGGGUCAUCACAGUUAAGGGAGAUGAAACUUUGGCACCAAGAACAGAGUUUCAACAAAACCCUAGCUUUCUUCCAUCCGUGGGACCCACGACGGUGGUAUCUCCUCUCCCUCCGGCUCCAGCCACUGUGACUCCUGGCUCAGCCGCUGCAGCGCCUCCGCCAUCAAUCUCUAGCGCAGGGACAGAUCUGACAAAGAAGAAGAGAGGGAGGCCGAGAAAAUACGCUCCAGAUGGUAGUCUGAACCCUAGGGCUUCGAGACCAACUCUGUCUCCGACUCCAAUCUCAUCUUCCAUUCCAUUCUCUGGAGAUUAUCAUCAUCAUUCUCACUGGAAACGAGGAAAGGCUCAUCAGCAACCUGUUGAAUUCAUCAAGAGAUCUAACAAGUUUGAGUAUGAAAUCAGCCCAGCUCCUCCUCCUGCUGGGCUAUCAUGCUAUAUGGGUGCAAAUUUUACAACACAUCAGUUUACUGUCAAUGCUGGCGAGGAUGUAACGAUGAAUGUUAUGCCGUAUUCACAAGGCUCUCGAGCUAUAUGCAUUCUUUCUGCUACUGGUACCAUCUCUAAUGUCACACUUCGUCAACCCACCACUUCAGGAGGCACUCUUACAUAUGAGGGUCGAUUUGAGAUACUUUCUUUAUCGGGUUCCUUUAUGCCUACCGAUAACGGUGGAACCAAAGGCCGGUCCGGGGGUAUGAGCAUUUCUUUAGCCGGACCAAACGGUAAAAUCGUCGGCGGUGGCCUUGCUGGUAUGCUCAUAGCGGCCGGUCCUGUCCAGGUGAUAAUGGGAAGUUUCAUUGUGAUGCAUCAAGCAGAACAAACUCAGAAGAAGAAACCUAGAAUCAUGGAGGCUUCUCCUCCUCCACCACAACCACAACAACAACCUCCUACUUUCACUAUCACCACUGUGAAUUCCACUUCUCCUGCGGUGGCCACCGUAGAGGAGCCAAAACAACAAACCUACGGUGGUGGUGGUACAAUGAGACCGUUGUCUCAAAUGCCUUCUUCUUUCCACAACGAUAGUAUCACAACGACCUAUCAUGGAUAUGGGAAUAUGAACGCUGGUGCUACUAAUAAAGAAGAAGAUGACUAUGAAAAUGGUGGGGAUGAUGAUUCCGGCGAUACUAGGAGCCUAUCUAAUAGUGGUUGAGCAAUCCUAGGACUUUCUUUUGUAGGAAGUAAGAUACCUUUAAGGUCAAAAGUGUUUCAGCUAUUCUUUUCUUUGCUUUUUAGAGGGCUGUUUCAGGUGUGAGGCUUUUUCUAAAAAAUUCUUCUUACUGUGUGUUUUUCUAGGGUAUUUGUUUUUGUGAUCGGUUUAGCUUAAUUAUGUUGAAAUCGUCGAUUAAACGAUGUUUUAUGGUUGCGGUUAUUGAGAUUAAAAUUUACUA